AUGAUGGACACCGAUAAAGACGAUUUGCCCUCCGCCACAGAUCAUAGUGAGCACGAAUCCGGCGAUGUAGUCAAGAAAGAAGGUGGCACUUCGAAAACAACGUCAAACUCAAAAGACCCCUCGCGACCACGAAGAAAGAAAGCGCGCCGGGCGUGUUUUGCUUGUCAACGGGCGCAUUUAACUUGCGGCGACGAACGACCUUGUCAACGAUGUAUCAAGCGUGGCUUGCAGGAUGCAUGUCACGACGGUGUACGGAAGAAGGCAAAGUACCUCCACGAUGCUCCAGACGGCGCUCUCGUGCCUGGUGCUCAAGGCAAUUUUUACAAUCAAGCAAACGGCCUGCCCAAAGUAUCGCCAACUGAUUUCACACAAAAUGGGAGCAACAACGUGCAACAGCAGCCGCAGAAAUCAAACACGAUCUACACCUCGUCAACGCCUUCAUACAACAGCAACGGCACGUUUGAUACAAACAGCGCAGCAAAUACGGUAUUGCCAGAGAGCGCACUAAAUCCAGGGCCGUUUACUGCAACACCCGCCUCGCCUACAUUUAGCAUAUCCGCUUCCUCGGCUAUACCCAGUCUCACGCAACCCACCAACGAUAUGACGUCUGGAGCCGGACAGAAUUCAUUCGGCGCCUUUUUCGAUCCCAGUGAUCCAGCCUUGUUCAACUUUGAUCUUGCCAGCAUGAAUUUUGGCAAUCGAUAUGGUGCAUUGGAAUUCGGCAUGUUAGGGCAUAUGGCCACUGGUGCUGGAGACACCCCUCCCAGCGACAACGGCAACCAGCGUGGAGGCUCAAUUGGCCAACGAAGUAACUCUCAGCAAUUUGGUAACCCUACAGGAGCGUUUACUACUGAAAGUCCCAGCCAGCAGUCAUUCAUGUUUGGAGACCCUGUGCUCAACGAUUGGUCUACGGGUCAGAAUACGAAUCCUCGGAUGAGCGUUGGCGGUGGAUUAUACGGUCAAGGCGGAGGAAUGCAUUUAUUGCAACAGGAUGCGCCUCAUGCAUAUGCUAUUGGGUCUAAUACAUUCGCCAGUCCAUCGUCGACAACGAGUCCUCAUGCGACAACAAUUGCGCCGUCACAAUUUGACGACUCGCCUAUGAAGACCAAAACUGUACUAUCAACCCCGCAUCUGCGCCAGCAAACUCUGUAUAAUGCCAACUCGAACAAACGACGCCAUCGCGAACCGUCCGCAAUUUACGAAAGUGUCAAGGAGCCAUAUUCGUACACUGGUGGAUUCCAUAAACUGAUUGCUUUUAUCAAAAGACGGUUCUCGCCACCAAAAACAGUGCGCAUCGCCAAGGCAUUGGCGUCUAUUCGACCAUCUUUUAUCGCUACAACCAAGACCUUGAAUCAGGAUGACUUGAUUUUCAUGGAGAAGUGCUUUCAGCGCACGUUAUGGGAGUACGAAGAUUUCAUCAAUGCGUGCGGCACGCCGACCAUUGUAUGUCGUCGAACGGGCGAGGUAGCCGCAGUUGGGAAGGAAUUCAGUAUUUUGACUGGAUGGAAGAAGGAAGUUCUGCUCGGCAAAGAGCCGAAUCUCAACGUCAACACAGGCGGCGGCAGCAACCCCUCAUCCCAAUCCGAUUCAACCGCAUCUUCGAUACGCGGUGGCGCAGGAGGACGAAUGCGCAACCAGGAAACUUCACCCAGCAAUACAGCCGCCGUCUUCCUCGCCGAACUGUUGGACGAUGACAGUGUAAUUGAAUUUUACGAAGAUUUUGCUCGACUCGCCUUUGGUGAUUCCAGAGGUAGCGUCAUGAAUACAUGCAAAUUACUCAAAUACAAGACGAAAGAAGACAUGGAUCUCGUGAAAUCGGAUGAUGGGCGCUGGAACUCGGGCAUGCAGCAUCACGUCGUCGGUAAGGGGGGCAUCGUCGGGGAGGCCGGGAUGAAUCGGUUAGGAUUCAAGGAUGGGCGCGUGGAGUGUAGUUAUUGUUGGACGGUGAAGAGGGAUGUUUUCGAUAUACCCAUGUUGAUUGUUAUGAAUUUUUUACCGCAUAUUUGA